UACACAGUUCAUUUUUGCAGGGCGCAACAUUAACAGAGGAGUUUGGAUCAAGUUUUCCCUACUGGAGGGAAUCAGGAAAGAGAUGAUGGGAGACAUGUCAAAGCUGGACACCUUGCUACAGGAUGGACUCCAGUCUGAGUUAACUCUCCAAUAUAACAUUAAAGCUCUAAGGAAAACACUCAGGCAGCAGCUGCAGGAGACAAAAAUGAGGCAAACAGAGGAGCUGGAGAAACGUGUGCAGCAGAAUUCACUUCUCUCAGCAGAAAUAGAGAAAAUGUCUGAUGAUAAAGAAGAGCUGAAUAAGCAAAAAUGUAUGAACAUCAGGAGAUCCAUCUCCAUGUCUGAUUUGACCACAAGAAAAGAGAACUCUAAUCUGAAUCAGAGGCCUACUGCCUCCUCCUCAGCCUGGGGACCUUCAACAAACUGGAGGCAUUGUUCUGUCGGGACCCAUGAGUGUGAGCGGUUUGCUUCUUAUAAAUCAACACAUCAGAGGAGAACAGAAGAAGAAGACGCUGAGUGUCUGAAGAAAUUCCGUGCUCUGCCUGUCCCUAAACAUGUCAUGAAGCCCAUCUACCAGGACAUGCUGGAGCUCAAGGAGAAGGAAAGGAAACAGAGUUGCGAACACAGGAAGCAAUUCUUGCUUUCUAUCCAGAAGCCAUUCAGCUUCCAUGAAAGAGACAAGACAAAAAGAGAAAAGCUUGUAACCACCGUAAACCAAGUUUCACAUGAUCCAAAAACUGAUUGCUUUAGAAAAAAUCUUUCAAAACCAAAUUCCUCUAUGCUCAAGGCAUCUCAACAGGGUACUCUGUGUCAUGUGGGCAGGCCAAAACUCUACACUGCCGAGCGUGCCAGUAGAAAAAAGACAGAAUUCCUGGACGUGAAGCCGAGCUUCCAACCAAAAAUCCUUCAUCAGGUUCCAAACUUCAGUAAACUGCACAAGGCCUUAAUGAACGAGUCGCUGAGGAAAAUAAAGAGCAACGAAGCAACCAAGUGUCAACCCUUCUUCCUUAGAACAUCAUCUUUACCAUCAAGAACACGAAGGAAGAGUCUGGAACCCUUACAGCUCCCCACGAUGACUAAUCUUAGCAGAAGCAAGUCACUUGGGGCUUUAACGUGGAUGACUGCCAACACACUCCCCAUAUACAUCUCAGAUGCUGUGAGGAAACGUUGUACGGCUAUCAAAAAGUCAAUGGAGCUGAGGGAAAGUAAUAAUCAAGAAAGCUUGGACUGGUUGAGGAACUACCAGAAGAGAUCUAAAGCCUUGGAGAAGACCGUAGCCCUGCGUGCAAAAUUUCUGGACCCACACAGCAGCCUGAAAGAGGUGCAUACUGAAAAUCUGCAGCGCCAUCGACAAACGGAUAAGCAAAGAAUGAACAACUACAUGAGGGACUUAAAGGACAUAAAGGCCAGAGUUAAGGAACGUCCCUAUUUGUUCGAACAGGUGAAACAGAGAAAUGCAAAGGACUGUGCAGAGCAGACCUAUAGGAACAAAUUGAGGAAAGUGGGCUUGACGGAGGUAUUUGUUGAUGAAACAGGUGACACUUCCAGAUCUGAUGAUGACACCAAAACAAGCAUCAACAGCGUUAAAAGUGAAAGCAGCCACAUCAGGGAAGAAAAUGCAGAUGACUGGGAGAAAAUUGAAGAUGUGGAGAAGGAGAGCGUGAAGUCCAAAAGGGAAGAAACACCAUGAUCACAAAGGUCCAAGCGGGACACUGUAUUUUUUUUCUAUUUUGUGGCUUUUUUACAAGAAAACAACUCUGCCCUCAGAAAUAAUUCAUGUUACAGAGGCGCCUUGAUAGUAAAAAAAAAAAAAGUCCACUUCUAAAAUAUGAAAUUACAUAUGAUCUGUAGAAUCACAUAUUUUUGGGAUCAUGGGAGAAGAAACCAGUUUAUAAAAUAAAUAACCAUGCAUCUAAAUACAAAACCUAGACCUAUAUUCCAUAUGUACUGUUUCAAUUAUAUGAUGAUGUUCCUUCCAAGAAAUCCAUGACUGUAAUCCAGGCUGUAAUUUAGACAUUGAAAUCUUGGUUACGAAAAUAAAAGCUCCAAAACUUUGA